AAAUCAUCCACUGCAAUGGCAGCCAGGCUCUCACUCUCUCUAGGCCUUCCACUUCCAGCUUCAAUUUCUCUUCACUCCAUUUUCAAGGGAAAUUCUAGGAAUUUAAGACCAGACUCACUUCACAUCAUCCCAAUUAGAACCAGGAAACAGCCACUACAUGAGCAGCAACAGACAAGGUCUUUAGUUGUUGUGAACCAAGCGGCGAAAACCCAAGUUCCAGUUCCGGCUUCUAAUGUCCGGUUUCGAUUGGAUAACCUUGGACCUCAGCCAGGGUCGAGAAAGAAAGCAAAGCGAAAGGGGAGAGGGAUUUCGGCCGGACAAGGUGGAAGUUGUGGGUUUGGGAUGAGGGGCCAGAAAUCACGGUCUGGUCCGGGUGUUAGGAAAGGGUUCGAAGGUGGCCAAAUGCCGCUUUAUCGGCGUAUCCCCAAAUUGAGAGGCAUUGCUGGAGGUAUGCAUGCGGGAUUACCUAAAUACAUUCCCGUCAACUUGAAAGACAUAGAAACAGCAGGAUUUCAAGAGGGUGAUGAGGUAUCAUUGGAAACUUUGAAGGAGAAGGGUUUGAUCAAUCCAUCAGGCAGAGAGAGGAAACUCCCUUUAAAGAUUCUCGGUGAUGGGGAGCUUAACGUAAAACUGAACUUCAAGGCCCGUGCCUUCUCAUCGUCUGCAAAAGAAAAGCUCGAGGCAGCUGGUUCCUCGCUAACCAUAUUGCCUGGCCGGAAGAAGUGGGUUAAACCAUCGGUUGCCAAGAACCUUGCACGAGCUGAAGAGUACUUUGCCAAGAAGAGGGCAGCAGCCACGGAAACCGAGUCAACGUCUGCAUGAAUGGUGUGUAUUGAUUCGGGCUGACCCGAACUACAAAAACCGUUGUCCAAGACCCGACAGUUACAGACAGAACCACCUGAUUGCUCGGAUAGACAGUUCAAAAUAGAAUUUUGGCUUCGUUUCCAGCACUGUAUUUUCAAAGGAAACUGUUCAUUCUGUCAUUUACAUGGUUACAAGAAAUUAAACAUGUUUAUUUA